AUGUCCCAUGCAUCCAACCUCACGGCCCCCGAUGUCGAUAUCGACGUUCACACGACCCUUCGCCUUAUUCAGGAGCAAAUGCAGCAACAACAGGUCUUUAUGCAGCAACAGCAGGCCCUUUUACAGCAGCAGCAAAACAGGAUCCAACAACUGGAAGCCGAAUCCAUUGAGCAGGACGGCAAACUGGUCUACAGGAACCCUCGAGCGACCCUCAUCAAGCUUCGCCAGGACAUUCUCAAGGUUUACCCAGCCAUCGGCGAACCCAAGUUCUUCUACUCGGAACUACCCAAGAACCACAACGUUUUCAACUGGAACGACUACCACUACACUGAGGGUAUGGAUUACAAGCCUCCCCCGGUUCUGCAGCACUCCGAGGUUACCCUCACAGACGCGGCUAAGCGACACGAACGCGAUUUGGUAUCGAUCCAAGGAUUUUUGGCUCAAUCGACCCGGUUCUUCGACACUUUCGCUUUCGAAGUCCUUGAAGAUGGAGACGAUCAAUCGGAGCUCGGCAAGAAGAUACUCGGUCUCCUCAACACGGUACGCAUAUCAACAGCCCACGACGCUUCCAGGAUCAGUCGGAUGCGAGAGAACCUUUACCUCGACGAACUCGGCAUCAAGCAUGGCAACGACAAGGAGGAAUCCCUUUUCACUUUGGAAUCACUGGCUGCCAAAAAAGCAGCCGCUGAUCUGGUUCGGAAGACAUAUAAGAAGUUCGAGCCUCCAAAGGACAAGAACAAAAAACCUGACAACAAAUCCAGCAAGGACAAUUCAGGAUCAGGCGACAAACGCAAGGACCAACAGUUCGGCAAGUCGCAACAUAAAGACAAGUCAGGAUACAAAUCCGACAACGGCAAGUCGGGUUACAAGUCGGACGGAGGCAAGUCUGGUGGCAAGCCUCGGAACAAAUCUGGUAGCGGACAAGGCAGGAAGCAGCCAGACAAGGGAAACGAGGGAGAGAAGUCGGAUUAG